AUGCUGUCGAAGAAAGAUGUGGUUACAUUUGAAGGACACAAAAAUUUCCGGUUGAGAAUAAUUCUUUCUACUCUUUCAGGAAAACCUGUGAAAAUCACCAAAAUCAGAUCAAAUAGUUUAAAUCCAGGUUUGAAAGACUACGAAGUUUCCUUCUUGAGACUCAUAGAAUCUGUCACUAAUGGAUCGCACAUUGAAAUCUCAUACACUGGUUCAACUGUUAUUUACAGACCUGGUAUUAUCAUUGGUGGGGAAAUAACUCACAACUGUCCUUUGUCAAAACCUGUUGGCUAUUUCAUUGAGCCCGCGUUGAUGUUGGCUCCGUUUUCUAAAAAGAAGUUUAGUAUACUUUUCAAAGGAUUGACAAACAGUCCCAAUGAAGUAAGCGUUGACACAAUUAAAUGGGGAUUCUUGCCUAUAAUGGAAAAGUUUGGUGUGCGAGAUUGUUUAUUGCAUAUUCUUAAACGUGGCUCUCCACCUUUAGGCGGAGGCGAGGUACAUUUGGUUUGUAACUCUUUACUACCGGUACCUUUGACUAUUCAUGCCAUUGAAGUACCAAAAUUCUCAGCAAUCAGAGGUGUUGCAUAUUGUACUAGAGUCAGCCCGUCUACAGUUAAUAGGAUGAUAGAUGCCGCAAGACAAGUUCUUAAGGGAACUGGAUGCGAAGUAAAUAUUGCAGCAGAUGUCUGGAGAGGUGAAAAUGCAGGUAAGUCUCCAGGAUUUGGUGUCACGCUUGUUGCCGAAUCAAAGAGAGGUUUCAGAAUCCUGAGCGACAAUGUCGGUGCAGCCCAAACCUUACCAGAAGAAGUCGGUGAGACCACUGCCUAUCAGUUAAUGGAGGAGAUUACAACCAGCGGAUGUGUCGAUAGGUACCAAUUACCUCUUUGCCUUGUUUAUAUGACCAUUGGUAAAGAAGAUAUCGGAAGAAUUAAGAUUCACAAGUCACAGGUUAAUGAAGAUUUAGUAUACAUGCUCCGAGAUAUUAAAUCAAUUUUUGGAACAGAGGCGUUCCUCAAGAGCGAUGACGACGAUGAAGCUGAUUAUAGCUAUGAUGGUGGGGAAAAAGGCCGUGGCAAUAAUGGCGACAGUUUCAUUACAUUAAGUUUAAAGGGAAGUGGAUUUGUAAACAUUGCUAAAAAAGUAGCGUAG